GUAUCAGUUAGCACACAGCAUAUCUUGCUUUGAUUUUAAGGUAGAAAGGGCCCUUUUGGGCAACAGUGAGAAAUUUAAGAUAUGAACAUUGCAAAAGCUUUUACGUUGUGAUUUUAAAGCUACAUUCAUAGAUUUUUUUUCACUGGGGACCAGAAGAGCUCCAAAACAAGCUAACAGCCACAAAAAUGAACGCCUUAAAAAGGCUAUAGCUAGCGUGUCAGUAAAGCCUACUUUACAUUCAGCAGGCACGAAGCUACAUUAUCUGGAGUCGUGAGACUGGCCACCUGCAAAUGUCGACCAUGACUACAACCUCCGUAGUAUGAGCAACCUGAUGGGCGAGCGGUGGAAGAAAGUGAACGAUGGAGGAGAGCGGAGUCUCAUCAAGGCUCCGUCCAGCGCCAGCAUCAGCAGCCAGGGCGCCACCGCCGCGGCUUCCACCGCCGGUGCCCCAGCAGCGCCCUCCUCUUCCACCGGGGACCUGGAGAGGGCUGCCCGCAAGCAGUUCCAGCAGGAUGUCACGCCCGGCUUCGUCUACGUCCUGGCCGCCUUCUCCGCCCUGGGGGGCUUCCUAUUCGGCUACGACACCGGGGUGAUCUCCGGGGCGAUGCUCCUGCUGAAGAGGGAGCUGGACCUGAGCGCCCUGUGGCAAGAGGUGCUCAUAUCAAGUACUGUGGCCGCGGCCGCCCUGUCUGCACUGCUGGGAGGCUUCCUCAACGGGCUCUUCGGGCGCAGAGUGUGCAUACUGCUGGCCAGCUUCUUCUUCGCCGUUGGGGGGAUCGUACUGAGCACCGCCCCUGGCAAGGAGGUUCUCCUGGCGGGGAGGCUCAUCGUCGGAGUGGGGCUUGGUAUUGCUUCUAUGACAGUGCCAGUGUACAUCGCCGAGGCCUCUCCGCCCCACCUCAGGGGUCAGCUGGUGACGGUUAACACCCUCUUCAUUACCGGUGGACAGUUCACUGCCAGCCUCAUCGACGGCGCCUUCAGCUACCUGCAGCGUGAUGGUUGGAGGUACAUGUUGGGUCUGUCUGUGCUUCCCGCCAUGCUCCAGUUCAUCGGAUUCCUGUUCCUGCCGGAGAGCCCCCGCUGGUUAAUCCAGCGCGGGCUGACCCAGAAGGCCCGCCGCGUGCUCAGUCAGAUCCGAGGCAACCAGAACAUCGACGAGGAGUACGACAGCAUCAAGAACAGCAUCGACGAGGAGGACAGCGGAGGAGAUGGCCCGGUGAUCUGGCGGAUGCUGACCUACCCCCCAACUCGGCGAGCCCUCCUGGUGGGCUGCGGUCUUCAGAUGUUCCAGCAGCUUUCAGGAAUCAACACGGUCAUGUACUACAGCGCCACCAUCCUGCAGAUGUCAGGAGUGCGGGACGACAGGCUGGCAAUCUGGCUGGCUGGACUCACCACCCUCACCAACUUCCUGUUUACUCUGCUGGGAGUGUGGCUGGUGGAGAGAGUUGGGCGCAGGAAGCUCACCUUGGGCAGUAUUGUAGGUACAUGUUUGAGUUUGAGUCUGUUGGCCAUCGGUUUUCUGAUGUCUGCCCAGCACAGUCCUCCUGUCACCUUCCACCCACUAGACCCAUCUAUGGCCAACUCUACCUGCUCCAAAUACCAGCUGUGCGAGCCAUGCAUGCUGGACCCUGGAUGUGGUUUCUGUUACCGUGAGAAUGGCUCGGCGCUCCUCACCUCCUCCUGUGUGCCAGUCAAUAAGGCCUCCACUGAGCAAGCAGCAUGGGGCAGAUGCUCCAACUCCAGCCUGAUGAGAGAUCAGACCUACUGGGCCUACAACUACUGUCCCACCUCCUACUCCUGGAUGGUUUUACUGGGUCUUGUGCUCUACCUGGCUGCUUUCGCUCCAGGGAUGGGUCCAAUGCCAUGGACCAUCAACUCAGAGAUCUACCCUCUGUGGGCGAGGAGCACAGGGAACGCCUGCGCAGCCGGAGUCAACUGGACCUUCAACAUCCUGGUGUCUCUCACCUUCCUCCACCUGGCUCAGUACUUCACCUACUAUGGAGCUUUCUUCCUCUACUCCAGCCUGGCUUUGCUGGGUUUCUUCUUCAUCUACGGCUGCCUGCCGGAGACCAAAGCUCGGCGUCUGGAGGAGAUCGAAGCACUGUUCGAAAACCAGCUUUGUUCCUGCGGCGCCUCUGAUUCAGACGAGGGGCGGCAGGUCGAAUACAUCCGAGUCAAAGGUUCAAACUACCAUCUAUCGGACAACGACGCAUCUGACGUGGACUAGAGAGAGUUUGAGUGUUGGUGACCUCCCUCUGGGUGUUUUGUUCGAUUACUGAAACAUGUGGAGUGGUUGGGUCUCUAAUAAUUUUCUUUUUUUGUGUGUGAGCUGAAGAGCCACUGGUUAUCCUCACUAUGAGGUUAAGAAUUACAGUUUAAAAGGCCUUUUGCUUGUAUCAGUAACGUGAGUUCACUUUCAAUUCAGUCGAUUCAGGUAUCCGAAAUCAAUGAUAAUGCUUUAGCAGGUAGCAAGAGUAUGAAUGUUUUGUUUUCAACCUAUUCUCUGAAUUGAGGGUGAAGUGACUCCAGAUUUGGUGUCAGUGGUCAACCAUGCACCAUAUCUCAAUUAUGAAAGGUUAAAACAUUGCCUUUUCCACAGACAGGUUCAGUGUCUUUUUCAUGGACACAGAAAACAUGACUGUUGAACACACACUGUAUGUACAAAAUAUAAGGGACACUUCCUCUCUCAUGAAGUCCCCUGAUGACGAUGUACUCAACAAAAGGGGCUGCAGCUCAGUGUCUAAGUAAGAUGUCCCGAAUAUUUUGUACAUUUUCUGACUAAAUAUCAUUUAUGAUUUAUAUAUGAUGUUGUACAUACAGUAUAAAAAGUAAAACAUGACCAUCCUACAGCAUUAUGUCAGAGCACAUUUCCAUUGAGAACUCCAUUUAAAAAGGUACAGUAAACGUGAUCUUGAAAACCAGGUUUGUGCAUCCACAAAACUUUUGUUGACAUGACAGCAGUUGUAACUUACUGUUGAUCUAUAGUACCAUUAUGCCUUUCUAUGUGAAACACAUCUUAGUUCAAUGUUGUUUAAGCUUGUAGCACAGCACACUAAUCUCAGUUCCUCAUCUGAUGACAGUCUUAGUUUGUGGUCGUUUUUUUAUGAAAAGCAAACACCAGAGAUGUACAGUAUAUUGUGCGAGUUUAGAAAACUUGGAUUGUCAGUUACUGACCAAUCUAGUAGCACUGAAAGGAAUAUAAGUUCUGUUGCUAUGGUUUAUUUGUAUUCAUUUAUUUAAUUAAAUAAUAUUUUUUUCCCAAUCAGCUUUGCAACAAAUUACUAAUUAUUUCAGCAUAGUCUGUUUUUUCAAUUCUUUAAUUCUGUUGCUUACCUGCCUCUAAAUAAUUGUAGUUUUUAACAUAAUACUAUGGAGAGUACAGUCUCAUGUCACUGUCACAAGGUUGCCAAAACCUACACUAUGAACCCAUGUUAUAAACCUAUGUAUGUCAUGAACCAUGAACCAUUGCUGAUUGCUGGUUGUUAUUGAUGCAUAUUAAAUGUGUAACGUCCAGCAAAGACAGUGGUACAGAAAAGUGAUAAAAUCACGAUUUAUGAUUACGACUUCAUUUGUAUUUCAAGCAUUUCAUUCUAUCUUUAACAUGAUAAUAUUAGUGCCUGUGUAUUGUGAAGGUGCCUAAUGGCCAUUUGUUUCAGUCCAAAUCCUUCAAGUGGAUGUAUUGUAUCAUGUUAUGAAAAUUAGGUCUUUUUUAUUUGACAUGUUUGCAUUUCACCUGUGAUGGAAUAUUGUUUUUUUUUUACUAUCAUUUCAUGUAUUUUGAUUUUUGUCUUCCUCCAUAGCCUUAUGUACAAAUAGCAGAGCAUAUCAUUUAUGUGGUUCUUGUGUCAGAAAUAGAGUAGGCUUUAGCGUAAUUUGCCAAUGUUGUUUUGUAAAAUUGUAAAACUGUGUGAGGUUACACCUUGUUAGUCAAAUACACAUAGGUUUCUGUGUAGCAAAAGCUGUUUGAAAGUGGACUACAAGUAACUUUGUGUAACAAAACAAAUAAAUAAGGCGUUAACAAGCUGCACUGUUAGUGUCCAAUGAACAGGUCUCUCAUGGCAGACCAUGUCAAGUGAAGGACAGUCCAUCAUUUUUGGCACGUGGGUCCUAACUCAUCAUGAAUUAAUAAGAUAUAAUACCUCUUUUUAAUAAAUGUUUCAAAUAAGAAACUGUUCAUCAAAUGCCGUGGCACAAUGUAGUGAGUAUUCGCAUCAAGUAUUGUGAUAUUUUUGGUGUCAAGGUGUCACAUGUACAUAUGGAUGCCUAUGGAAAUGGUUAAUCAGUAUAACAGGAAGUACCAUAUUACCCCCAUAAAUGGCAAGACAGUAAUAAAAUGGCAUACAAACCCUAUAACUGUCCUUUAAACAAACUUUAAAAUUUUUCUACUUUGAGAAUUGUAGUUAGAUUAAAAUUGACUAAAUUUGGCUUGUUAACCUUUUCAUCCAAGGGGGACUAGUUUAAAGGUGGAGAAAAACAGCAUGACUAUAGUUAGAAAUGUGAAGGUAUGUUUUAUCUGUUAGAUUUUCAUUUGGUCCAGGAUGACUUGUCUCAAAACCACACAGACUAGUUUUGUACUGAUAUUAUUACAGGUAAAACACACACAGAUGAAGCCCUAUUACAGACUGUAAUUAAACUAGUGUUGACCAAAUAUUUAACGUGAUCGCUUCAGGCUGCACCUUGUCAAAGAUCAUGUGGUGUUUCGCCGUUAACAUCCAGUUGUGUUGACGCUGUCCUCUACCACAGUGGAGACAUUUAAUGUGUACUUAUGGUGAAAUGGUUGCAACUGUUUUCAAUGUGAACCAGCUACGUGUGUUUCUACAGUUUACGAGGAAUUACAAAAAUACUAAUAAAAAAAGUGCUGUAUAGUAUAUUUGAUUAAUGUUCAAGCUGUAAAUGUUUUGCUAGAGUUUAUAUUCUAUAAGAAAUAAAUAUCUUCAUGAAAUCUUAACAUUUGAAUAUGUAUAUGGGGAAAGAAAUAAACUUGAAUCAGAGCAA